AUGAGUAUUGCAGACCUGAUCCAAGCUGCUGAAUACAUCGAAAGGCGUGAUAGAGUUUUCUUUGUUGCAGAAUCGGAACACGGGUACGCAUCUAGUUUGCCGGCGUAUGAAGAGUUGCGCUCUGGAGGCAGGCGUCCGAAGACGAAGAAAUCUCAGGGCAGCAGGACGACUCAUAACGAGUUGGAAAAGAACAGGUUAGUGGUGUUUAUUUUAAACGCUUAG